CGAGCGCUCAACUCCGCAUAACAUCAAUCCAGGAUAGCCGUAAAUAGUAAACAUCAUGAUGGACGGCGCGACGAACGCUACGAACGGCGCAACGCCCGCUGCAGCGAACUGCCUAGAAGAAUUCUUCGACUUUGGCGAAUUUGAACCCUUUAAUAACAGCGAUAGUACUGAGGGUACUACGGAUCCUACACCUCUCCAGGAAGCAUUCCCAGCCCUGGGUUCAGCCUCGUCCAUAGACUGGAGGGAUCCCAGUGUUGACCAACAUCAUCUCCUUGCCACCCUACCCUUUCAUACUGUGCAUGAAACCCCCAAUACGAGCGUGAGAUCCGAUCUAACCCCGGAUCCCUUCAGUGACUUAAAAGUUCCAUUUUGGCACUCGGCAGUGAGCCCUAACGAUGAUUUCGCUUUCGAUCUCAACCAGUCGUGGCACCAAGGCGCUAUUCCAUACGACACCGGAGACCCUUCCGAAAUGUCUAUUUCGCCCCAGCAUUUGCAUUCUUUCAUUCCUUCGAAAACCGAGAUACUUCCAUCAAAAACACGAGGCUUGUCUUCAACGAAAUCCGCUAGGACCAACUCAGAGCAACCUAUGUCAAGAAAGAGGAGGCCCAGAUGUCGCAUUCCAUCCGGAACGAAGCGCGCUCUUGAAUUUAAAUUUGGAUAUAACCCGUAUCCAAGCACUUCCGAGAUAGAAGCGAUCGCGAAAGAAACACAACUUGAACCUAAGCAGGUCCGGAACUGGUACAACAACACAAGAGCCCGCAAGCGUGGCCUAGACGCUGCUAAUUGCACUUCUGGACGGCCUCGUGAUGACAAGCCAUGUCUUACAUCGAAGCUUUCGAAGGAAAGCCUUGAGGUGCUCUCUCGGGAGCUCGGAAAUGAACCACAAUCAGCCAGUCCAUCUCUAAAGCUGUACCUUGAGUCUUCGUAUCCAGAAGAAGCCGCAUCAUUGUCAGACAUUGAGGCCGCUCUUGAGAGUGGUCCUCCUCAUCGGCUGGAAGUCCUAAUGGACUCAUCAUCUGGUUCAAGGAUUGGCAAAUCAGCUUCCGUUAUUACAUCACUUACUUCCUCUGAUGGAUCUGCUCCAACCACCUAUACAUUAUCGUCGAUUGGAAGCAAUGUAUCGUCAUUUGGCCGUGACCGCAGGCGCGGCCGAAGACGAAUACCCUGGAGAACCUCACCUUACAACAAAUCGAAGGCCACCGGCUCCCACGGUAGGAAAUCAGAUACGAAAACACCAUUCUUCUGUACUUUUUGCCCGCGCGCUUUUCGUAGCAAGUAUGAAUGGGUACGGCAUGAGGAUUCUGUCCACGCACUUCGAACGACGUGGAUAUGCUGCAAUUCAAAGCAAGAGCGUUUGCAAUUUUGUCCCUUCUGUGGCUGUGAACGGCCCGAUGAUUACCAUCUAGCCCUUCAUAGAUACCAGCAAUGCAGAAACAAGCCCGAGCAACAGCGGACAUUUUAUCGGCGAGAUCAUUUCGUUCAGCACCUUCAUCACGUUCACUUCCCUAAGGCGAAGCAUCCAUCUGAGCAGGUUGGCUGCCAAUCCCGAAUGACGACAAAUGGAGAAAAUUCCUUCUAUGGGUGUAAAGCUCUGGCGAUGACAUGGCGUCAAUUCGGUCACCCAAUACGGCCCGAAGAUCCUAUGCUACAUUGCGGCUUUUGUGGCACGAGACUGAGAGACUGGAAAGAGCGCUGUGAUCACGUUGCAAAUCAUUUUAUAUCUGGGGCAGUGGAUCGAUCGGUUUGGUGGCCCGAAAGAUUAGCAACCCACCUCGAGAAUCUUUGUGUUCCUCAGACAGUUGGGCCUUUCCGGUGUCGAUACUGUCUCAAGGUAUUCACGAAUAAUGAGGCAAUGAAUAAGCACUCCCACUGCCGGGUUUGGUCCUGCCGCUUCCUACCAAGUUUCAACGACCUUGCAUCAGAGAGCUCAGCGCCUCCUCUAUGUCCGCACUUCCCCUCUCCGAAAGCCCACCACUGCCAUCUCUGUGGAGCUGGACACCAAUCUGGGCAUGUCGAACAUGCUACCCAAUAUCACAAGUAUCGAGAGUGUGAGCAGGAAUUCUAUGUUUUCAAGGAGGAAUUCUUACAUCAUUUACAUACUUUUCAUGGGGCGGCUCAGCCGCCUCUACUCCAGCAUAGCCCAAUCAUAGAGCAACAUUUCUCAAGAAACAAGGGCGGUUCGUUCGAAGCAAUCGUCCUCGAGGAGAUCCUCCGUGAUUGCCGACAGACAUCGCAAAUACCACUUUUCGCUGACCCAAUAUCAAACGGGGCCUCUGCUACCCCCUUUCCCCCCGCGGAACCACAAUAUCUUCCAAACGUAUCGCCGGGAAGAAACAAAACCAGUCAAAGGUUCUCGGACUUCAUCGAUAUUCCCGCAAAAGUGCGUCGACAGCGUUCCGUGAAUUCCCCGCAGUCCAAGCCAGAAUCCCAAGGCCCCCGGUUCUUCCGUUCUGAUCCUUUUGUGCCAUUUCUAUCUAUGCGUGUCUACUACUUGCGUAAUGCGAGGCUGUGUAAUCUAUUUGCGGACGGGUCUUCGGUGCUAGAAGAAGUUCCGCAGAGUCAUAUUGCUUCGUUGGUGAUGAGCUCUGGGCUCGUCGGUUUGGCGGGAGUUCGGUGGCCGGUGGGGAUGAAGAAGGAUGAGAAGGGAUUAGUGGAAUUUGGGUUGGAAGAGUGA